CCAACAUGUUCGCCCGGCGGUAAAUACUUCAGCCUUUCCAGCUCGAUCACAGUUGUGCACACUGAUUUGCCGGUAAUGCCACCUAAAACUGGAGACAUAUUUUUAUAGCACUUGUAGCUCUCGACAGUCAUGGAGGCGCUUUUCAUCAGGCGCGUGAAUGCCAGCGCUUGCAGCAGCACGGUUCUGGUUGUGUGUACCAAUCUCUCCCCACAGCCCAUCUGAAAUCAUAAAAGAGCUUUUCCAAUAUCCACAUGCUUGCGAAUGAAGCGGGAGUGCAAGACAUCUUGCAGCAGAAAGAUCCAGGUCCGCUCAAACUACGUUUAUUUGCAAGCUAUUUCCCUUAUAACAAGCUGGAAAAGACGAGAAUGUCAAUAUCUCUUAACUCUCGUACGCCCUGUCGUAGUCCAACUCCUGAUUUGGUCCGCUCAUACUUCCUAGAUAUACCCCGUGACGGGCUUUCCACCAAUUGCAGGAACGGAACAGUCGUUCCGUCAAUACAAGGACUCAACUACACCCAGUACUGCAAUUACGACCUCAACGGCCAUGAUCUCGGUUGGGGCAACGGCAACAGCUUGCAAGAGUGCAUAGACAGCUGCACCAGCUAUCACCCGGCGUGCUUUGGGGUGACGUGGGAUCCACUCCGAAGAUUCUGCUGGCUAACGGACGGAUCCAUUGCUGCUUCGGACUUACAACCGGUUCAGAGCAACUUCGUAUCCGCGCUGGUCUUCCCAUCUCAAACGACGCAGCAAAGUGCGGACUUUGUAUGCCCUUAUCCGAAUCUAUCCACACACAAGGCAAGGUCGGGCAUGGAGUUUAAGAUGCUAUGUGGAGCGAUGUUCCCCGGCGACUCCGCGGACGACUUUCUCGACGCGAUGCACGUGGAGUCCCUAGAUGACUGUCUCGAUCAAUGUGCGGGGCACCACCCGCUCUGCAGUCGCGUAACCUAUGGCGUAGACCUUCAGGGACGCGGAUGGCUCAACUGCGGGCUGAAGAAAUUUGAUGAAAAUGUAAAGCCGAUCAGCAGUACGAAGUUCAUGACUCAUUCUCUCGAGGCCGUCAUCAAGCCCCCGAAAAAAGUAGACUGCGUCAGCCCAUCCGUCCGCAAGGACAACGCCGGGAGGUCCUUCAAAACCUCGUGCAGCGAUCUUCGAAAUUUGAACACCACAGAGGCCCAGCCGCUAGCAACGUACCACGAGGUGUCCAUAGAUGACUGCUUGCAGCACUGCUCGACCGCAAAUUCGACAUGCGCUACAGUGUUGUUCGAUGCUGGACUUCAGUCUGGAUACCAGAAUUGCUAUCUCUUUGACAGCUUCCCUCCGCCACAGCAUCGGAAUUCUGAUUUUACGUUCAUGUACCUCGAAUCUCUCUCUUCCCAAUUUCAACCGCCACCGCCUCCGAAGCCGGAAAAGAAGGGCAAGAUCGCUGGGGCUGUCGUUGGCUCCCUUAUCGGCACCGCUCUUUUGAUUUGGCUGCUUGUAUGGUGGUGCCGAUGGCGGAAGAAUAAGCAGAACUUUAAACACGAAGAGAAAACGCGUUGAAAGACAGUUGGUGGCGUAAGGAUCGUCACAUUGCUUCCGGAAUCGAGUAAUGGUAUUGAGGCGUGUCUAAUAGCUGUAGAGCAGUGUUUUAGAAAAUCAAAGAUCAGACGUCCGCCUGAGUUACGGCUUGGCAAACUUGACGUUAUAACCCGAGCUUCUCUGAUGUGGUGAAGACUUUCAAGCAGCCCUAAGACUCUCACUUUACAGGCGUCUAACAAUAAUCUGAUACCUAUAUCGCGAUACUGUGUCAUCGCUCCGGGCACGGCAAGCCGCUGGCAGGCGUCUCAGCCCAACCGAUAUCCUCGUUCCACUCGAAAGUCGAACGGAACAUCGAUCAGCCAGAACAGUUGAAAGAAACAAGGCGCGCUGUUUACGUGGCCGUUUUCCCUCCUUCGUCUCAAACACUUCCCUAAUCGACCACGUCUUGUC